CGGUCGACCAUCCGUAAAUACCGCGUACCGCCGCUCUUUCAUUCAUUGAAAAUAUUUCGAAUAAAGGAAGGAAAUCCAUUCCAUCUUGUCAAAUCUGAGCUUCUGUGUUACAUUCCAGACACUUUUCAUGGUAUUCAAACCUUAUUCUACCUACUGUUUCAUCCAUUUUCGCCAGGUGUCUGCAGAAAGUAGAAAUCUAGCAGGUUAUUGUUGCUCUUGUCUUUGGGAUUCUGAGCUAUACCCCUCCGUGACCUAGGAUCGUCUCGUCCCCAGAUCUAGCAGAGACUUCUCCCCGAAAAUGCCCCGUGGAGGAGCAGUCACUGCCGGUCGUCGGCAGCCGACAGAGGCCAAAAUCAGGACAAUUUUGGGAGUGUCACCUCGAGGAAUGCUCCCAGACUUCUCUAAUCAACCAAUGUCAACAGAUAUAACGAAUAUAUCGUCAAAUAUUAAGGAGGAAUUUGAUCAAGAAAUAUUGGACGUCGUUGGUUUUACUCCGGAGUUUGAUUCAACAAAGGGAAUGAGACCUCAGCUUGGGAGACCACCAGCAAAGAGGAAACUUGAGCUGGACUCGGCUGGUGUCCGACCAACAAAUAUCGCUACUAGUACAGCUUUCAAGACACCUAGUCCUAGGCCUUCAGCAAAAACAAAAAAGCCAAGAGCUCCCACAAGGUCGCCUAUGGAAAAAUCUCGCUACGACACAUCAUUAGGUCUUCUAACAAAACGCUUUGUUGGUCUACUAAGAGGAGCGCCGGACGGGGUCCUGGACCUGAAUCGAGCAGCGGAAGUGCUGGAGGUCCAGAAGAGGAGAAUAUACGACAUCACAAAUGUAUUAGAAGGCAUCAAACUCAUUACCAAGAAGUCCAAGAAUAACAUCCAAUGGAAAGGUGCUAGUAGUUCUGUAGCCAUUCACCCUGGCGAUUCACAAUUAUCAGCAGAAACUGUCAAUUUACAUUCAGAAUUGAAUGAUUUAGAAGCCCAAGAGAAGCGAUUAGAUGAACUGCUAAGAAAUGCAUCUACCCAGCUGAAGACGCUAACAGAGGAUCCAGACAAUGCUAGAUAUGCUUAUGUAACGUAUCAUGACAUUAGAGGAAUCCAAAGCUUUGAAGAUCAGACAGUAAUAGCGAUCAAGGCACCACCUGAAACAAGACUGGAGGUCCCUGAUCCAAAAGAGAGCACUAAUAUUCAAAUCUGGCUGAAGAGCACGAGAGGUCAGAUUGAGGUCUACCUGUGUCCAGAUGAUAAUCCAGACGACAGCAGCUCAUCAGAGUCCGAAGCUGGAUCAAAGAAUUCAUCGCCAUGUAGUUCAAAAGGUGACCCUGCCUUGAAAGCGACCGCCUUGGAAGAGGACGACCUUUCGGCGUUGAGCAGGAGCCUGCUAUUAGAGACUGAGGAUCAGAAUGGUUUGGACGACGACUUUGUUGCGCUCUCGCCACCGGCUGUGGACGACUACCUCUUUGCCUUGAACGACAACGAAGGCAUCUCUGACCUGUUCGAUGCCUACGAUAUAUUCUAAUAGCCAUAGAUUUUAUUAGUUUGGGUGUUUUAAUUGUUUGAGAGUUUAAACAUUUACUUGGGUUCCCAGCUAUCUUUGAAAUUGGGAAAGAUGGUGAUCAAACUUUAUAUCCAUUGUAUGAUUGCCUGUGCUUGCUAUUCAGUGUCUAAAAUGCCUCCUUUCAUGGAAUUUUGUAACUCUGUCAGGGAAUUAUCAGGCGAAAAAUAAGCUUACUUUGUUUUCAUGAAAUGCUGGGGACCCUAUUAUAAAUUUAAAUAAUAAUAAAAAUAGAAAGAAAAAAAAAGCCUUUGUGGUCAUCGUAAUGUUAAUAUUUCAAAAUGAAUUUGAUUAUGUGAACCACGGAAACAUUUAGUUUUAACUUUACAAUUAAUUAUGCCCCUU